AUGAAAAUGGGGACGAACAAAGAUCCAGUCAGUACCGACCUCAUCUAUCAACAGAUUGCUCGAGGAGUUAAAUACGGUGAAUACCGGAACGUUAAGGAUGGCUGUUUGAAACAGGAAGAAGAAUUGGCAGUGCUCACUGCUCAGCAGUACUGUAUCGAUCAUGGCUGUCUGAUCAACACCGACAAUUUAGAGCAAAGCUUAUUGGCAUAUCUUCCGCAAAACGAGAUCGGUGAUGCUGAUGAAAACGACAACGAGCGAUGGCUUCAGCUUGUACUUCAUGCAUUUAGAAAGGCUAGUUCUCGUGGUCGCAGCCUGCUGAAACGUAAUGGAAAAUUUUAUCUAAUAUCAUGCCUGCAUCACAAUGUUCAGUGA